UCAAUUUAUCUUGCUGAUAUAAAAAGUAGAAAGAUCAGAUAUUGACAAGAAUCAAUUAUUGUACAAUUCAACUGUGUUUGGAUUGGAUAGCCUCACAAUAUGGAUAAAAUAAAUUUUUUAGAAAGAAAGUCUGUGAAGAUUAAAAGAACAGGAAGCUGAAAUUUAUGCAUGAACACUUCAGAUAUAUAGUUUGUAGAUCUCGAAAUCAAGUAGCUGGAAUGGAGAAACAAUACCUGAAACUAGUCCUAGUUCUAUACCCAUUUCAGGGCCACAUCAAUCCCAUGUUACAAUUAGCCUCUGUUCUUCACUCACAUGGCUUCUCAAUCACAAUUUGUCACCCACAAUUCAACUCUCCGGAUCCAUCCACUCAUCCUCAUUUCGAAUUUAUCCCCUUACGCGCUGGAUUCACCCCACAAAAUGCCUUCAAAAGCUUGACAGAGUUCUUAAAGAUUCUGAAUGACAAGUCCAGAACUCCAUUCAUGGAUACCCUGGUUCAGAUCAUGGGAAAAGAGGAGCAGUCUGCUUGUCAUGUUAUCUAUGAUGGGUGUAUGUAUUUUGCAGCACAAGUGGCUAAUGAGUUGAAUCUACCAAGUUUUGUGUUUCACACUUUCAGUGCUGCUAAUCUCUUGAGGUACCUCGCUUAUCCUCAUCUUAGACAAGAAGGCCUUAUUCCCAUUCAAGAUUCAAAGCUACUAGAGCCAGUCCCUGAUCUAGAUCCUCUCAGAUUCAAAGACUUAUUCUUAGUCAGUAAUGAAGAUUUAGAUGCUUGGCUGAAUCUACUAUCUUCUUUCUGCGACAUAAAAUCAUCUUCAGCCAUGAUUUUCAACACUGCAGACCUCCUUGAACAACAGCCGUUAAAAAUUCUCAAAGAAAAAUUUCAAGUUCCAAUCUUUUCCAUCGGACCCAUCCACAAAAUCAGUCCACCAAUCUUCAGCAGCUUAGUAGAAGAAGAUACCAGUUGUAUAUCUUGGCUGGAUAUGCAAACUCCAAACUCCGUCUUGUACAUAAGCUUAGGAAGCUUAAAUUUCCUCAAUGAUACCGAGCUUACAGAAAUGGCGUGGGGUUUAGCCAACAGCAAGCAGCCAUUUUUGUGGGUGGUUCCGCCCGAAAAACUCGGUGGUUCCCGAUCGUUAGACUCGUUGCCUGAAGGCUUCGAGGAGGCGGUGGGAGAAAGGAGUUACCUGGUGAAGUGGGCGCCGCAGAAAAAAGUGCUUGCGCACGGCGCUGUGGGGGGGUUUUUGAGCCAUUGCGGGUGGAAUUCGACACUGGAGAGCAUAGGUGAAGGUGUUCCGAUGAUAUGCAGAGCGAGUUAUGGAGACCAGAAAGUGAAUGCGAGGUACUUGAGCCAUGUUUGGAGAGUGGGAGUGGAAUUGGAGAAGGGUUUGGAGAGAGAGAAAAUUGAAAGUGCUGUGAGGAGGUUAAUGAGGGAUGAAGAAGGGGAAGGGAUGAGGAAGAGAGCUUUGGAUCUCAAAGAGAUGAUUCGAAUCUGUGUGGGUGAUGGUGGAUCUUCUUCUGAAUCCAUUGCUGAAUUAGUCAAGCUUAUCAUGUCAUCAAAAUAAUACGCACACCAAGGAAAUGGUGAUUUACCCCCGGUUUGUACAGUAAUAAAUGAUACUUAAUUAAUGUAACGUAAUAAAAUUACGUUUAUUUUAA